AUGGUUGUCAAGGCUAUCGAGUCGUACGAGCAGUUCAAGAGCCUCAUCGAAGGUGACAAGCCCAUCAUCAUCGACUUCUGGGCUACUUGGUGCGGUCCCUGCAGGGUCAUCGGCCCCAUCUUUGAGAAGAUCUCGGACACCCCCGCCGGCGACAAGAUCGACUUCUACAAGGUCGACGUCGAUGCCCAGGAGAAGAUCUCCGCCGAGGUCGGCAUCCAGGCCAUGCCCACCUUUGUGAUCUUCCACAAGGGCCAGGCUGUCAAGAAGAUCGUUGGUGCCAACCCCAACGCCCUCCAGGACAAUAGCGCAUCUUUCUGGUCGAUGCUCGCGGUGUAUGUCGGCAUCUCGCUGCUGUAUGAGACGGCUUCCAACAGGCCAGGCCGGCACACUCGUGACCCUCUGAUCCGGCAAGCGCGAGAGGGAAAGCGAUCCGAUCCGCACUUGGCUAGCCUUCUGACGUCGGCGUCGACCUCGGCUGCACAAGUGCGAAGGAGCAGCAGCAGGCAUGCUACCGGAUCCAACGGCCUAGACGGCCUCGCACUGGAGCUUUUGCGCCGCUUGGGGACGCACAAACCCCGCACUUGCCUCACCUACGACAGCUCACCCCCAAGCAGACGGCCAGAGUAUAUAGACUUCUGCAUCGACCGACCUCGCGUGCGUCUCAUCUUCCCACCAACUAUCCUGGCGUCAUCACUCCCAGCGCCUCCUCUUUCUGUUCUCCUUAUCUCCAAGGAUCUCCACCCCAUCGCAACCACCAAAAACUUCAUCCAUAAUGUCCGUCGAAGGCGUCCGCGUGCUCGAACUGACCAUCUUCUCGCUGCUGCCUCUGCCAUUCUCUUCCGAUCAACAGGCAAGAUCGAGGGGGACCAGGCAUCCAUCCUCACCCCCGAGGCCCUCAAGUUCCUCGCUGUCCUUCACCGCUCCUUUGACAGCACCCGUCAGUCGCUGCUCAAGGCCCGUCAGCUCCGACAGGCUCGAUUUGACGGCGGCGCGCUGCCCGACUUCCUUCCCGAGACCGCUCACAUCCGAAACAACCCUACCUGGCAAUGCGCUCCCCCCGCACCCGGUCUGCGUGACCGCCGUGUGGAGAUCACCGGUCCCGUUGACCGCAAGAUGGUGAUCAAUGCGCUCAACUCGGGUGCCUACACCUACAUGGCCGACUUUGAGGACUCGACCUCGCCCACCUGGGCCAACCUGAUGGACGGCCAGGUCAACAUGCGUGCCGCCAUCAACCGCAGCAUCGACUUCAAGGUGAACAACAAGGAGUACAAGCUUAAGCCCCAGGGCCAGACCGCCGUGCUGCUCGUGCGUCCCCGUGGAUGGCACCUCAACGAGGAGCACAUUGUCGUCGACGGCAAGCCCAUGUCCGGCUCGCUCGUCGACUUUGGUCUCUACUUCUUCCACAACGCCCACGAGCUCGUCCGAUCCGGCUACGGCCCUUACUUCUACCUGCCCAAGAUGGAGAGCCACCUCGAGGCGCGUCUUUGGAACGACGUGUUCAACCUCUCGCAGGACUACAUCAAGAUGCCCCGUGGCACCAUUCGCGGCACCGUGCUCAUCGAGACCAUCACUGCCGCCUUUGAGAUGGACGAGAUCCUCUACGAGCUGCGCCAGCACUCUUCGGGUCUCAACUGUGGUCGAUGGGACUACAUCUUCUCGUUCAUCAAGCGCCAGCGCUACAACCCCGGUUCCAUCCUCCCCGACCGUGCGGCCGUGACGAUGACGGUGCCCUUCAUGCAGGGCUACGUCAACCUGCUCAUCCAGACUUGCCACAAGCGCGGUGUCGCUGCCAUCGGUGGUAUGGCUGCGCAGAUCCCCAUCAAGGACAACCCGCAGGCCAACGACGCCGCCAUGGAGAAGGUGCGCGCCGACAAGCUGCGCGAGGUGCAGGCUGGCCACGACGGCACCUGGGUUGCGCACCCUGCUCUGGUCAAGAUUGCGCUCGAGAUCUUUGACAAGAACAUGCUCGGCCCCAACCAGUACCACGUGCGCCGCGAGGAGGUCAAGGUUUCGGCGCUCGACCUGCUGAACUCGAACGUGCCCGGUCAGAUCACCGAGGCUGGUGUGCGUGCCAACGUGGCGGCGCUGCUCGUGUACUGCGCCAACUGGCUCAACGGUCUCGGCUGUGUGCCCGUUGCCAACAUGAUGGAGGAUGCUGCCACGGGUGAGAUCUCGCGUCUGGGUCUCUGGUCGUGGGUGUACCACAAGCAGAAGACGGCCGAGGGCAACGCGAUCACGCCUGCCUACGUCGACCGCAUCCUGGACGAGGAGGCGGCCAAGGUGUCCAAGAUCGGCGCCAGCGUCGAGAAGGCCAAGCGCUACAUUGCCGACCAGGUGCGCGCCCCGGCGCCGGACGAGUUCCUCACCACCGCCCUCUACUCGCACCUGCCUCACCAGCACGCUCCUGCCCGCAUCUAA